UCUUCUGGUAUACUUCUCUGUCAUGGUUCAGCUACCGAGGACUAAGUUACCGUGACCUUCUCUUGUGACCGAGUCACAUAACAACAAUAGGUUUUUUUUCCCUCUCUCUCUCUUACUUUUACUUUUUUCUUUCUUUUUUUCGUAUUUUAUUUCCGUUGGUAUUUUAGUACCUAGUGACUUACAGCCUCCCCUUUCUCCUUUCCCCUUUACUUGAAGCGGACUGGGCCAGGUGAAGAUGAUGAAAAAAGACAGGGGCAAGCUACCUGUCUUCAAAGUGGUAUUAAAACCUUCAACGGCCCGCCGUCUUUAACUCAUCCUCCGGUUAACUUCCUCUCUCUUGAUUGGUGUACCGCGGGUCAAUUCGAUGUGGAGCACCCGCGAUGCUUUAGAUUGGUACACUUCCUUUCCUGCUACUCGAUAAAACGACGCAUUCUAUCUUUUCAUUAUCUUACACAAACUAGACUUUAUAUCUAGACUUUUCAGAGGCUCCUUUAAGUGUUAUAAGACACUCGCUGGGCUCAUAUUAUAAUAGAGACGGCCGCUCCGGGCUUUGAGCAUAUCAGACGUAUUAAUCGGCGCAACUUUGACGGCAUGCCAUUUCGUCCGCAGGGAGGUGGACCUCCUGGAUUCCCAAUGCCCUUUCAACCAUCCCAGUCCCGGUCACCACCACAAGCUUCAUCAUCACGAGGGAUGCCGCCUGGGAUAGAUCCCUCCGGUCCCUUCAUCCCAUUUCAAGAAACACAGUUCGAUAUUCUCGAGUGGUACCCGCAAUUUCAGUCAUGUGUCCGUUAUUUUUUGGACCACGCCCAGCAUAGCGGGCCGGUGCAGGCCGUUGCCGCCUUCAUAAAUAUACAAUUACCUUUUCAAAAGCUACCUCACCCAGUUGUCUCCUCACAGUUGCCUGGAUCGCCGGCAGGUGUGCCAUCUCCGUCCUCGAUGCUCCCAAUGCCCAGCCGCGUACCGGUAUCUAUCUCCUUAACACCAUACAUUCGACGGCUGGUAGCAACGGGCUUGGAUCUUCCUGGUGUGCUACAUGGAUUUUUUGGAGAUGACUGGCUUGCUGGGAUAGGGCACCUCCACGAAGUGGAACGGAGAAACUUUCUCUUUGCUGCUAAGAGUGCCGGCUGGCUGAAGGUCAAAUCCCAUUACGACAUGGCGGAUGAGCAAACCAUUCCUUUCCUGCGUCCCCUCCAGAACGUUACGGAAAAAGAAAUUGUCAACGCAGAGGCAAAUUGGAGCGAAUGGCUAGCGAUGCAGGACUGGAUGGUCGGCCCCAGAUCACCUGAUGUCAAUAGAGACAUGGCGGUUGUAAAAAGCGAAGAUGCUUAAGGCAUGAAGCAGGUAUCGUUAUUACGGUCUCUGCAUACCUUGUGAGGAUAGUGGGCAAGCGAGAUACAUGAUGCCCGGACAUUAGAGGGGAUAGACGGUAUAUAGGGGGCUGACCAGGAUACAGUCUGCCCUUGAGGAAGCGAUGAGGCGUAAUGGUUUUAUUCCAUGGCACCAGAGAU